GCGCAUUUGGAUUUCUAUGAAUUUCGAUGCACCCCCUCAUCAGUAGGCUGGUGGUGGUCAUGUACUUAAUCCUUUCCACGUACUGCUCACCUUUUAAUCACACUAACUGGGGUGAUUAUUUUAAUUUCCACAUUAAUUCGAAUACUAAAAUAUCUUACCUUGAUACUGUGAAAGAAAUGUUCCACUUCGCUUAUUCGAACUACAUGAACCACUCAUUUCCUUUCGAUGAACUCGACCCUAUCCACUGCGUUGGGAGAGGCUACGAUUACGCUAACCCAGCUAACAUAAAUGUUAAUGAUGCUCUUGGGGAUUUUCACUUAACCUUAAUUGACUCACUGGACAGUUUAGCGAUCAUGGGAUUGACGGAUGACUUUAAGCAUGCAGUUAACUUGGCUAUUAGUCAUUUAUCCUUCGAUCGAAACGUUCGGGUGCAAGUUUUUGAAGCGACUAUCAGGGUCCUAGGGGGUCUUUUAUCGGCUCAUCUCAUGAUUACCGAUCCCGCCAAGCCUUUCGGUGACAUCUAUCCAAUCGGGUACUCAGGCGAACUCUUGGCCUUGGCUCACGAUCUUGCAAACCGUAUGUUGAAUGUUUUCGAUUGGCCUCAAGGACAACACUACUUCAGAGACAUGCCUUGCAGGCGCUGGUUCUCUACUUCUUGAGUUUGGCAGCCUUAGUGCGCUUUUAAACGAUUCAACGUAUGCAUCCAUCUCCAGGCG